GCCCCAGGGUCCUCGGCGCCUGCGCCCGCUCCUAUAAACGCCGACGCCGCGCCGCUUCGCCGUAUGGGCCUUGUCCUCCGCCUUUCUGUUUUUCUCUCUGCAGACGCCGCCCUGCUCUCCUCAGCCUCCGGCCUGCGAGCUCCUUGAGACCUAACACCGGCGACCGUCAGCCGUCGCGGAACUCGGCUGAAGGCCCAGGCUGGGGCCGGGGGCCUCCCUUGGCUUGGAGCCUUUCGACCCCGUGGACCCAGGGCGAAGAUGCCUUCAAUUAAGUUGCAGAGUUCUGAUGGAGAGAUAUUCGAAGUUGAUGUUGAAAUUGCAAAACAGUCUGUGACUAUCAAGACCAUGUUGGAAGAUUUGGGAAUGGAUGAUGAAGGAGAUGAUGAUCCAGUCCCCUUGCCAAAUGUUAAUGCAGCAAUAUUAAAAAAGGUCAUUCAGUGGUGCACCCACCACAAGGAUGAUCCUCCUCCUCCUGAGGAUGAUGAGAACAAAGAAAAGCGAACAGAUGAUAUCCCUGUUUGGGAUCAAGAAUUCCUAAAAGUUGACCAAGGAACACUUUUCGAGCUUAUAUUGGCUGCAAACUACUUAGACAUCAAAGGUUUGCUUGAUGUUACCUGCAAGACUGUUGCCAAUAUGAUCAAGGGGAAAACUCCUGAGGAGAUUCGAAAGACAUUCAAUAUCAAAAAUGAUUUUACUGAAGAAGAGGAAGCCCAGGUACGCAAAGAGAACCAGUGGUGUGAGGAGAAGUGAAAUUUUGUGUCUGACGCUGUAACACUGUAAGGAUUGUUCCAAAUACUAGUUGCACUGCUUUGUUUAUAAUUGUUAAUAUUAGAAAAACAGUCAACAAAUGCAGCAGCAAAUCAGUUGUAUUAGCCGAAUGUUGUGCUCAUUGCAUGUGUAGUUUCAGUACAGAUUCCAAACUUAUGGCUCCAUUUCUUCUAGUAUGAUCAAAAGUUCUUUUUUCUUUGCUCUGAAUAAAAUUGAACUGUGGGUUCUCUAUGGAAAGUGGCAUUUUGGGCUUUCCCUCUUUUUGUAAAGCAAUUUCUGCCUAGUUUGCUGUCCAGUUAACUUUAGUGACUUUUAAAAGUUGGCACUGUAAAUAAAGCAACUUGCAAAAAAUUUUCUGAAAUAGAAUUAACAA